GGAAAAGCGGUGCAACAUCAAAAGGGGCACUUCCAAAACAUCAGCCCGCAUAAUUUAUAUAUAUAAAUUAUAUAUAUAUAUUAAAAAAAACCCUCCUGGGAGGCAUAAAGCCGAGAAGGGCAGGAACUGCAGAUGUAGGAAGGAGGAAGAAAGAGAUCCAACAAGAAAAGGGGAGGGAGGGGAAAACGGAAAAGGGGGAUCGGCUGGUCAGGGAUGCAGCUGAGCAGGGAGUGUGAUCCGCUGGAGCAUCAUCCCCACCUGGCCGCCCUCUGAGGGAAGCGGAAGCUGCGAUGGACACAGAGAUGCCUCAGGGCCGUGUGGCUUUUGAGGAUGUGGCUGUGUAUUUCACAGAAAGCGAGUGGACUUUAUUAGAUACACAAGAAAAGGCUUUGUACCGGAACGUCAUGCAAGAAAAUUAUGGGCAUGUGGCCUCUUUAUGUUUUCGAGUUGUCAAACCCAACUUGAUCUCCCAGCUUGAGCAAGAGGAAGACCCAUGGAUCCCAGACCAACCAAUUGUGGAGGAAAAGGAGAUCAUUUUGGAGCCUGACACAGAGAUUCCUGAUGUGAUAAUAAAGCAAGAAGAAGAAGAAGAAGAAGAAGAAGAAGAAGAAGAAGAAGAGGAAGAAGAAGAGCAGCUUUGGGUUCUGGACCACCAGUGGCAAAAGACCUUCCCAGGAUACCCCGACCUCGUAAUAAAGCAAGAACGGGAAGAGGAGCCAUGCGUCCCAGAACACCCAGGAGCUGACGAAAAUGCAAAUGCUGUCGCGGAUCAGUCAGGAUUUCCUGGUAUAAUAAUAAAGCUGGAACUGAAAGGAGAGACCUGGACCCAAGAUUUCCAAGAAACUGAGGAAAGGGCAACUGUUUCAGGCAAUAGGUACAUGAAAGAGGAAGGCUACUUCCCACCGGAAAGUGCUCAUCAAGUGGAAACGGAUAAGACACUCUUGGGAACUGCCAAGGAGAGAAUCUUCCAGUAUCCAAAGAAGGCCGAGGUCUCUGUGAACGAAGGCCAAGUAGAGAGGCGCCAAGGAAAUGCCUCUGGAAAGAGAACGGGAAAGACUUUAUCUCGUGGGGGAAGUGGCAUCAAUGAAACCAAACUCCAGAAGAGAAUCCAUAAGUCUGGGAGAAUGCUUAAAAAAGGAGAGGAACCAUAUAAAUACCUAGAUGACGAAAAGAGAUCUGGUUGGAGAUAUUACCUGAUGACCCAUGGGAAAAGCCACGCAGGAGAGAAACUAUAUACAUGCUUAGUCUGUGGGAAAAGAUUCUUUCGGAGAUCACACCUUAUUAGACACAAGCUGAAUCAUACAGGGGAGAAACCAUAUACAUGUUCAGUCUGUGGAAAAAGCUUCAAUCAAAGAUCCCAUCUUAUUAGCCAUGAAAGGACCCAUACAGGGGAAAAACCGUACCCAUGCUCUGUCUGUGGUAAAAACCUGAGUCGUAAGGCACUCCUUAUUAGACACGAGAGAAUUCAUACAGGAGAGAAGCCUUACAAGUGCUCUGAAUGUGGUAAAAGCUUCUGUCAGAGCUCUGGCCUUGUUGCGCACAAGAUCACCCACACAGGAGAGAAACCAUAUGUGUGUUCAGUCUGUGGGAAAAGCUUUAGUCGCAAAGCAAGCCUUAUCAGACAUGAGAGAAUUCAUAUGGGUGAGAAACCAUAUACAUGUCCAGUCUGUGGUAAAAACUUCAGCCAGUGCUCCGGCCUCCUUCAGCAUGAAAGAAUUCAUACAGGAGAGAUCCCGUAUAAGUGUUCUAUCUGCGGGAAAAGUUUCAGUCGUAAAGACUGCCUUCUGGGGCACAAGGGAACCCAUACGGGAGAAAAACCAUAUUCAUGCUCUAUCUGUGGGAAAAGCUUCAAUUGGAAAAGUUACCUGGCUGUCCAUGAGAGAAGCCAUAAUGAAGAAAAGUCGUAUAUAUGUGCAAUCUGUGGGAAAAGCUUCAACCAAAGAUCCAAUCUUCUUAGCCAUGAAAAAACUCAUACACAAGAAAAAACGUACACGUGUUCUAUCUGUGGUAAAAGCUUCAUUCACAAAGUAAGCCUUAUUAGACAUGAACGAGUCCAUACUGGGGAGACACCCUAUAAAUGUUCGGUAUGUGGAAAAGGUUGCAGUGGGAGAACUAAUCUUAUUUCACACGAAAGAACUCACACGGAAGAAAGGCCUUAUGCCUGCUCGUUCUGUGGGAAAAGUUUCAAGCAAAGAUCCAACCUCACGAGCCACGAAAGAAUUCACACUGGAGAAACUCCCUUUAUGUGCUCAGUCUGUGGUAAAAGCUUCAGCUGUAAAGCAAAUCUUCUUGGACACAUGAGAACCCAUACAGGGGAGAAACCGUAUUCGUGCUCAGUUUGCGGGAAAAGCUUCGGUAAUAAAUCACAAGUGGCCAUACACGAGAGGAUUCAUACAGGGGAAAAACCAUACACCUGCUCAGUCUGUGGGAAAAGAUUCAAACACAGAACGAGCUAUACCGAACACCAAAAGAUCCACACGCAGGAAAAACCAUACACAUGCUCAGUCUGUGGCAGAAGCUUCAGUCGUAAGGAGCACCUGAUUAUUCAUGGGAGAAUCCACACCGGAGAGAAGCCAUAUUCAUGCUCAGUCUGUGAGAAGAGUUUCAAGCAAAAGUCAAGCCUUACUUCACAUGAGAGAAGCCACACAGGAGAGAAACCACAUACAUGCUCAGUCUGCGGGAAAAGUUUCAAUCGACGAUCAAACCUUAUUCACCAUGAGAGAAUUCACACAGGAGAAAAACCACACCAAUGCACCAUCUGUGACAAAAGUUUCCGGAGUAAAGCAUAUCUGAGGAGACAUGAGAAAAUCCAUGUCAGAGUAGAGCGCAUUGCGGUAGUCCAAGCGGGAGAUAACCAGAGCAUGCAGUACUCUGGUGAGACAGUCUGCUUACCUUCAAAGGGAUGGUGUAAACAUUGCAGACAUGAUGUGUGUGAAGCAUCUGAGGCGCUUGGACACGGUUUGCUUAUGUUUCCCCAGGAGCUGGUGACUUUUGAAGACGUGGCCUUGUAUUUCACGCAAGGGCAGUGGGCUCUGCUGGAUCUGAAUCAAAGAGCUAUGUACAGGGAAGUCAUGCAAGAGAAUUACAGUCAUGUCGCUUCCUUAGGCUUUCCACUUGUCAAGCCUGGUUUGAUCUCCUGGCUUGAGCAAGAGCCAUGGUCUGCAGAACGGCUGGGUUUGGAGGAGAUGGAGGCUCCCUCAGAACAAAGCUCAGGGUUUCCUGAUGUGAUAAUAAAGCUGGAGGAAGGAGGGGGUCUAUGGAAUCUGCAUCAGCAGGAAUCCAACACCCUUGCAGGACUUCCUGGCGUUCUAAUAAAGCAAGAGCAAGAAGAGGAACCAGGGGUCUUGGAUGAUCAGAGAACUGAGGAACGGCCCAGUGCUGCUGGCGGCCAAUCGGGGUUUCCUGGUGUGAUAAUAAAGGUGGAACCGAAAGAGGAAUCCUGCGUCCCUGUGCUCCAAACACCUGUGGGAAGCACAUCUGUUUUGGGUGUCCACCCAGGCAGCAGGUGUGAGGGAAAAGGAGAAGAGGAUCUUCCAGGAAGCGCUCACCUGGUGGGAGCAAACAAGAUAUCCUUAGGAAUUACCGAAGGGAGCAUUUUGCAGUACCAAGAUAUCGCCAAGAACCGAGGCAGAGAAGAGAGGCAUCAGAGAAAUGACCUGGGAGAGAGGUCAGGAAGGGCUUUACCUUGUCGGGGCGGUGAAAAAAGUGAAACGAAAAUGCAAAAGAAAAUUCACAAGUAUGGGAGAACUCUUCAAAAAGGAGAGAAACAAUAUAAGCAAUUAGGUUGUGAGAAGAGAAUGAAUGGGAGCUGCUGCCUGAUUUCUCAGAGCAAAGGCCGCAAAGGAGAAAAAAUUCAUGCUUGUUCAGUCUGUGGCAAAAGCUUCAAGUGGAAAAGUAACCUGAUUGUCCACGAAAGAAUCCAUACAGGAGAGAGGCCGUAUGCAUGCUCAAUCUGUGGUAAAAGCUUCAGCAAAAGAUCGUACCGCGCUGUUCAUGAGCGAAUGCACACGCAAGAAAAAACAUACACUUGUUCAGUGUGUAAUAAGAGCUUCAUCCAUAAAGUCAGCCUUAGGAGGCAUGAACAAGUCCACACAGGAGAGACCCCGUAUAAAUGCUCAGACUGUGGGAAGGGCUUUAGUCAGAAAUGUAACCUCCUUUCACAUGAAAGAAUCCACACAGAAGAAAGGCCUUACCUGUGUUCAUUCUGCGGCAAAAGUUUUAAACGAAUAUCAAACCUCAACAGCCACAAACUCAGCCAUACGGGAAUAAAAACAAAUAUGUGCUCGAUCUGUGGUAAAAGCUUCAGUCAUAGAUCAAACCUUGUUAGUCAUGAAAGAACUCACACUGGAGAGAAACCGUUUUCGUGCACAAUCUGUGGUAAAAGUUUCGCUGACAGAAGACACCUUAUUAAACACGAAAGAACCCAUACAGGUGAGAAACCAUAUAUGUGCUCAAUCUGUGGCAAUAGCUUUAGCCACAAAUCAAAUCUGGUUUGCCACGAAAGAACCCACACAGGGGAAAAACCAUACCCGUGCUCAGUUUGCGGCAAAAGUUUCACAGAUAGAGCAUAUCUUCUUAAACACCAGAGAACUCAUACAGGAGAUAAACCAUUCAAAUGCUCUGUCUGUGGGAAGAGCUUCAGUCGUAAGGAUUACCUUAUUAGACACAAGAUAAUCCAUACUGGAGAGAAACCAUACAUGUGCUCAGUUUGUGGGAAGAGUUUCAUGUGGAAAAGUUACCUAUCUAUCCAUGAAAGAAUCCACACAGGAGAGAAACCGUAUACAUGCUCUUUCUGUGGUAAAAGCUUCAGUGAAAAAUCAUACUACAUUGUACAUCAACAAAUGCAUACAGCAGAAAAAAUACAUGCUUGUUCCGUCUGUAGUAAAAGCUUUGUUCAUAAAGUAAGCCUUAUCAGACAUCAGCAAGUCCACUCGGGCGAGACACCACAUAAAUGUUUGGUUUGUGGGAAAGGCUUCAGUCAAAAAUGUAGCCUUAUUUCACACACAAAAAUCCACACAGAGGAAAGACCUUUCACAUGCUCCUUCUGCGGCAAGAGCUUCAAGCGAAGGUCAAAUCUCACCAGUCACGAAAGAAUCCAUACAGGAGAGGCCCCCUAUGUGUGCUUGGCCUGUGGCAAAAGCUUUAAUUGUAAAGCACAUCUUCUCGGACAUGAGAGAACUCAUACAGGGGAGAAACCAUAUUCAUGCUCGGUUUGUGGGAAGAACUUCGGUAACAAGUCACAGGUGGUUAUACACGGGAGAAUACAUACAGGGGAAAAACCAUAUACUUGUUCACACUGUGGGAAAAAGUUCAAGCACAGGACAAGCUAUACCGAGCAUCAAAAAAUCCACACGGAAGAGAAACCGUUCGUAUGCUCAGCCUGCGGCAGGAGCUUCAGUCGCAAGGAGCACCUGAUUAUCCACCAGAGAAGCCACACGGGAGAGAAGCCAUAUUCAUGCUCGGCCUGUGGGAAAAACUUCAAGCAGAAGUCAAGCCUUACUUCACAUGAGAGAAGCCACUCGGCCGAAAGGCCACACUCAUGUUCCACCUGUGGCAAAACUUUCAAGAAUCAAGUAUACCUGAGGAGACAUGAAAAGAUUCAUAUGAGAUAAAGGUCGAAAUAUGUUUGAAAAGCCUCAAAAGGAGCUUCUCAACCUCGUCAGACUUUAUUUAAGCAUCAGAAAGGUGAGGGGUGUGUGUGUCACAAGAUACAGAAGACGUUAAGGCAGAGACGUGACCCAGAAACCCAUACCAGAGACAGAAAUAAUACAUGCAAUAUUUAAUAAAGAAGCAGUAACGUGUUUUUUCUCUCUCCCAAUCAUCUAUAGUAUUGGAAUCACAGUGCUGUUCUGAAUACAUUUCAAUAUUUCAAACUUUUCCUGGGCUUGAAUUUCCUAGCUCCGCCUCAUAGUCUUAACAACUAAUUUCCACCCGCUUCAACUUCCAGAUCUGCUUUUUCAAACAUUUCCAUCAAUUCCAGAGCACGUUUGUUCUUGUAGCUGUGUGAAAGAACUCUUGGUUUAGCUGCAGAUGUGUCAUCAUAUAUAAUGUAUUAAAGUAUUAAAGAAUUUUAGAAACUUGGCUUUUGUUUACCCAUGGAUGCAGAAGCUGCAUGGUGUAGUUCAAAUGUUCUGUCAUCUGUGAACGAUGAAAGUAUGGGGCUAAGUUAUAUUUUCAGCCUGCUCUCUAUAGCACAGUCAAACACAGAAUGGGGCAGUGCCCCACAAAAGCCAGUUUCCCCUCAGCCAGCCCCCACCUGCCUGGCACAGACUGCCAGCUGCCUCUUCCUUAGUCUCAGUGUUGCCCUCGGAGAAAGCAGGGAAGACGAUGGGGGCAAAAGCUAGAAUUACUUGGCUCGGCUUUUGUCAUUGGCUCUCUGGUUCCACCUACUGUUAGCCUCCGGCUUUUCACUCUACCAGUUCCAACAGGCACCAGCCCACCACUGGGUAUCCAUAACUAAGCUCUGUCUGUCUGUGCCUUGCAUUUAAAACUGAACCAUACAGUCAUGGCUUUCCCCAAAAUGUUGCCUUAUCAGCUACUAAGGGUCCUUUAAGUUGCGCCCAGGCAGGGACAGAGACGGCCAAUAAUGACACUGGGGGUUGAAUCCAGAGAAAGAGUUUAAUUCUUAAUUAAUUAAGAGACUCUUGGUGGUCAAGCUUCACGACAAGAGCAAAGAAACACAAAUUUGCAAAGCUUCUUAUACACUUCUUGGGCUCCUUUCCCCCUCCUCUGUAAAUGUGCGCACGCAAGGGGGUCACAGGUUACAAAUCCAUAUUAGGAAAAUCCGUAUCCUGUCCUUCUCAUAAACACAAAGGGGGUCACAAGUACAUAUAAGGAAGAUCCUCUUGUUGUGUAUUAAAGUAAAUCUAGUUUGUGGCUUAGAUCAUCAUCAGAUGAAUUUUGAACGCUGCUAUGCAAAACCUGGCAACAUUGUAUGUUGCAGCAGGGUUGGUAUCUGAAAGCAGCAGCAGAGGUAUAGAAUUGUCCUGUGCACCCUGGGUACUUUUGGAGUAUAGAAUCAUAGAGUUGGAAGAGACCCCAAGGGUCAUCCAGUCCAACCCUGCCGAGCAGGAAACACCAUCAAAGCAUUCUUGACAUAUGCCUGUCAAGCCUCUGCUUAAAGACCUCCAAAGAAGGAGACUCCACCACACUUCUUGGAAGCAAAUUCCACUGCUGAACAGCUCUUACUGUCAGGAAGAUUUUCCUAAUGUUUAGGUGGAAUCUUCUUUCUUGUAGUUUGAAUCCAUUGCUCCGUGUCUGCUUCCCUGGAGCAGCAGAAAACAACCUUUCUCCCUCCUCUAUAUGACAUCCUUUUAUAUAUUUGAACAUGGCCAUCAUAUCACCCCUUAACCUUUUCUUCUCCAGGCUAAACAUACCCAGCUCCCUAAGCCGUUCCUCAUAAGGCAUCGUUUCCAGGCCUUUGACCAUUUUGGUUGCCCUCCUCUGGACACGUUCCAGCUUGUCAGUAUCUUUCUUAAACUGUGGUGCCCAGAACUGGACACAGUACUCCAGUUGAGGUCUGACCAGAGCGGAAUACAGUGGUACUAUUACUUCCCUUGAUCUAGAUGCUAGUGAGAGGAAUAUUUAGCCCUCCUGAUGCUGAGAGCCAGUGUGGUGUCCUAGUUAGAGUAUCGGAGAAGGAGACCAGGGUUCAAAAUUGCACUGAGCCUUGAAGCUCACGGGGUGACCUUAGGCCACUCACUGCCUCUCAGCCUAAUCUACCUCGCAGGGUUUUUGUUGGAGAAAAGGGUGGGAUAAUGAAUGAAUUAAUGAAUGCAUAGGACUACGAUUCCCAUAAUUCCCAGCAAGCAUUGGCUAUGGGAGUUUGGUUCAUUGGCCCCUGAAGGGAGUGAACUGCCCUUUUGUUGAAGGGUGGUAUAUAAAUCUAAUUAAUAAAUAAGGGUCGAUGGUUCCCCAGACCUGCUCUAUAUGACUGUUGUGGUGAAUUUGAAACUGUUAUGUUAUGUUUUUGUUUCGCAACCAACCUAUCGAAGGGUUAACCCAGACUCCUGGUUAACUGGCAGCAACAUUCCAUGGGAGGCGUGGCCUGCAUGGGGUUUAAAUGGAAAGGGGAACCCUUAUGUCAGUUGGCGGUUGAGGGUUUUUUGUGUGGGAGCUUGGGUGGUUGUGGAGAAGGUAGACUUAAGAGUAGAUGAAGUAGUUGAUAGGUAUUCUGUUAUUUGAUUACCAAGAACGUUACCUGUGAAAUUAAGUUUGUACCAAUGUUACCAGAAAGCAACCAUUAAGAUUCAAGCCAAUAAAUAUCCAUCUGUAAAGUGU